AUUCAGUACUCAUUCGUUUUUAUGUAUGAACUUAUUACCGAUCACUCGAUCGCGAGCUAUUUUGAAAAUUGUAGUCGAUCGCGGUCGAAAGCAGGUUGGCCACCCCUGGAGUAUACUAUCAAUGGAGGGAAAGCACGGAGCUGUAAAUUUAUGUAUCAAGCGUUGCCGGAAGAAAUGGCCUCUUGUGUUGAAGAACAUCCAGUUGCGAACCGCUAGGGAUCUUGAAGUAUGGCAAGAUUCAAUGUAGCCCACGAAAGCCGGUGGCUGGGUCCACGUGCAGAUUUAAAUGUAACGAAGGGUUCAAAUUGAUACCAGCUGAGAAUACAAAAAGCACCUGUAAAGACAAUGGCAAAUGGACAAAAUCGAAGCCUUGUUGUAGAGGAUGUUCAACUGAUUCUAAGAAGGACAUUGUCGUUGUUAUGGAUUCAUCGGGAUCGAUCGAGCCAGAUCAGUAUGAGAUCAUGAAGAAAUUUAUAGCGAAUGUUAUUGGCUCUUUCAAAGGAAAUGGAGUACAGUUUUCUGUAGUUCGUUUUGCUAGUCAGGUCUUUGACGAAGACUCAAUUUUUUUUGGAACUUUUAAUGGAAACAAAAAAGCAUUGCAAAAAGCGGUGAGGGGAUUGGACGGCCCUGGGGGAAGAACUUUCCUCGGAGAGGCACUAGUAUAUACCCGAGAGGUGAUGUUUGCCAGGGGAAAUGGUAACAGAAAAAAUGUGAAAGAUAUGGUUUGGGUUGUAACGGAUGGAGCAGCCAGUGACGAAGUUGAUGGACCGGCUAAGGCAUUGAGAGAUGAUGGCGUGGAAAUUGUCGCCCUUGGAAUCAGACAGGAAGGAAAAGCGCAGAUAUCCGUGGAAGAAUUGAAUAAAAUUACUGGGAACAAGAAAAAUGUAAUUGAAAUAAAAGGAAUGUCAGAACUAACGGACAAACUCAGAGAAGUUAUCGUCAGUAAAAUGUGCGAUCUGUCAUGUGAAGAAGUGAAACCGCCACAAUGUCCACCUCUGCCAAAGUUACCAAAUGGUAAGAUAACUUGUUCAUUUGAAGAGGCAAUAGCAGGCACCAGUUGUACAUUCGAAUGUAAACGCGGGUUUAAACUAAUGCCUACCUGGAGAAAGAAGACUGACUGCAAGGCAACUACUGGCGGUAAAGCUGAAUGGACAGAAAAGCUACCCUGCUGUGGGACAGAGACUUGCACAUCCGACGCCAAGAAAGAUAUUAUAAUAGUGAUGGACUCAUCGGGAUCUAUUGAGAAAGAUCAAUACAAAAUUAUGAAAAACUUUAUCGCUAAAGUCAUUGGGUCUUUUCAGGGAAACGGAGUACAGUUCUCAGUAAUCCGUUUUGGAAGCGUGGUUUUUGUCGAAGAUACGAUAUAUUUUGGAGAUUAUCGCAGUAACAAGGGAGCGUUGCAACGAGCGGUGAAGGAUCUGGACGGCCCAGGCGGAAGAACUUUUCUUGGAGAAGCUUUGGAUUUUGCUAAAACGGAUGUUCUUUCGCACGAGGGAAACAGACGAAACGUCAAGGAUAUGGUCUGGGUAGUGACAGACGGUGCUGCAAGUGAUGAAGUCAAAGGACCUGCAGCUAGAUUAAGAAAUCGUGGAGUGGAGAUUCUCGCCCUAGGAAUAAGACAGGAAGGAAAGGCUCAGAUAUCCAUGAAAGAGUUGCGUGAAAUAACUGGAAACGAUGAAAAUGUGAUUGAAAUAAAAGGAAUGUCGAAUCUUACUGAGCAACUUAGAAAAAGAAUUGUCAACAAAAUAUGCGAAUCUUCUUGCGGAGACUAAAAUUGUCAUGGGAGAGAGAAACUAUUUCUAAUUUUACUAAAGGUAUUCUGCUUCGGUAUCAUUUUUCAAAUGAUAAUUUUAAGUCCGACUGUUUCAUUUAUGAAAGAGCAGAUAAAAAUACUAAAAAUCUGACUGAAAAUUUCACGUUAUCAUAUCCUUAAUGCUAAUAUGUCAACAUUAUUGAUUUAGGCAACUAACUUAUUUUCAGAAUUAUUUGGUCAAGAUAAUGUAUUUUUUUUUCUCUGCAUUUCUGAUUUUUUCAUAAAUCAUCGUUGCAGAACUUCCAUGAAGUUUUUAAAUAUUUUCGUUUUUGAUUCAAGUUCACUCAUAAUUCAUGAUGU